AUGGAAAUCAGUUACGGGGAUGAAAUUGAUGGUGGUAUGAGCAGUGAAUUCCAGACGAUAUACCAACAGUUCUUUCCCUACGGGGACCCUUCCAAGUUUGCAGGAUUUGUCUUCAAGGUGUUCGACUCAAAUAAGGAUGGAAGUAUUUCUUUCAAGGAAUUCAUUUGUGCGCUAUCAGUGACAUCGAGGGGGACGUUAGACGAGAAGUUAGAUUGGGCCUUUGAUUUAUAUGACUUAGAUAAAGAUGGUUUCAUCACUAAACAAGAGAUGCUACACAUAGUAGAAGCAAUAUACAGGAUGGUUGGCAAUAUGUUAGAUCUUCCCCAUGAUGAAGAUACACCAGAGAAGAGAGUACAUAAGAUAUUCACACAAAUGGAUAGAAACCGAGAUGGAAAGCUAACGAAGGAUGAGUUCAGGGAAGGAUCAAAGUGUGAUCCCUGGAUAGUCCAAGCACUCUCGUUGGAAAUACCCCAUGACAGCAACAGCGCCUCCUAGCAACCCGAUGAUGACAUCAUCAUUAUAAUUUGAAUAAAUGAAAUAGAGCGUGUGACCUGCAAAGCCAAAAAGACUUUUCUCCUUAGCACUUGACGUGUAUAACUCCCUUUUAUAAUGCUCAUAGUUAUUAAUAAAGAACGGAUGAUUUCAUCGACAUCAUCAUCGAUGAAGUGAAACUACAUAUGUUGAUGAAGAAAACAAAUCACUUGUAAUGAUGAAAGGAUUUUUCACCCUCUACAUGUGAAAUUUGCUUCACGGUUAAUGUGCGUGACCACCUUAUUCUACAUCUCAGAAAGUUGAAUACCACGUGGGCUAUACUCAUUUGGUCUUCAAUCAAUUUUAUUUCAUCUUUUAAAAGGUGAUAUAUUCAGCACUGAAUUAGAUUGUGUGAUCUGCAAUGCAGUGCUAAUGACGUUUGACACUUGACCUUAGUAACUAGCUUCAUAGCUUAUAUCCUAGAAAUAGAUGAUUACACCAACAUCUUCAUCAUCAACGAAAUCGACUUAUUCAAGAUUGUGCGAUCUGCAUUGUAAUGCAUAUGACCUCUAACCUUUAACCUGUGUGCGUUGCUUCAUAGCUUGUGUGCUUGACUCAGAAUGCUGUUAAUCAAGAUCAGUACGCAGGGAUACUAUUCUCCACAGUUUGCAAUUAUACCGCAGGUGCUUUUGGUACAAUUGUUUGAAAAUUUAAUAUCAAUGAUAGGACCCUUUUAAUGUAUUGCCAAAUUUCCAUGAAACUGCCUUACCCCUCUGUUCUUAAGCUAAUCCAUCAAAGAUUUAAUCUUAACUUAAAUAUGGGUCUAUUGCUAGGCUCAAUGGUCCAUUUUCUCAAAAUAGGUUUCAUUUGUGCCAUGGUACAAAAUCAUGGUUCGUGCAGAUUUAAUUGAUUAUCACACUUCAAUUAGGCAUCCUUUGCUGAGAGCGUGCAUUUAUGAUUUGACUUUUCUUAGUGUAUGCGAUGAAAUAAGCGUAAUAAUUAACAAAAAUCUGCAUAGUCCAUGGUUUUUUUAGUGUCUUUUGAGAAUAUGGGCUAAUUGGUAGAAUUUAUUACCGGUAUGUGUUUUAAAUGUAGACCAUGGACUUUUUAAAGUUUGUUUCGUACAUGUAGGUACAUUACUCUUCAUUAAGGUAUGCGCUUGAAAUAAUCUAAUGAUUCCUAGUAAAUAAGUGUGUGUUUUUAUAUAAGCAAGGUUUGCACUUGUUGUCAUGGUAUUGUCAGUGGACUAAAUCUGUGUUAGUCCAUGGUUGAAACCAUGGCAACUGGUGUAUAUCUAGUGCAUUUUUUCAAACACAUAUACUUUACCAGGGAUCACAAGAUCAUUUUAAGUGAAGUUUGAAUAGUCCAUAGUCUAGAUUUAAACCACCUUUUUGAAUUCCAUCCACUCUGAAUUGUCAUAAAUUUGUUUAUCUAUAUUCUGCAAUUGGAUUUGCCAGGUCUGGGAUGAUUAAGAAACUCAGAAUUGAAAUAUAUGUAAUAAUAUAUUUUGUAUGUGUCUUUAUUGUAAAAAAACAAUUGUACAAAAGUAGAUUUUUUGGACUGUUUAUAUUUGUACAAACAACAUUGUAAAUAUACUAAAGUGAAGAGUUUUGUGUACAUAUAUUGUUUCAUUGAUUUGAAAUUUAUCGUGGGUAUUUUAACUUAUGGGCAUUUUGUUCUGAUUUUGACUUAAUGAAUUAUAUGUGCUUGUGAUUAUAUUUGAUGUUAAUUGAUGAUUAAUUUCAAUAUUUAUUUUUUUGUAGUAUUUUGACAUUAUUUUAAUCAGUGUAUUUGAAUUUGAUAAUGGCUUUCAUUUCACAAAUAUAUAAAAACAAAGGAAAUAUGAAAACCAAAUAGAUUGUGAGAAUAUUGUAGAUUAAUAAAGUGUCGAAAAUCCUUAGUUUUCUUCUCCACAAAAUGCACAAUCCUGAAAGAUUGAUAAUUAUUAAAAUUUUACAUUUAUUAAUGUCAUAAGUGAUCCUGUGUAUCUCACACGUAUGUAGAAUAACGAUGGUAAUAUAGGGUUUUAUAUUGCACGCAUUUCCACCUGUUUAUGUACGCUAGCAUUACAUGUACAGAAUAUAUGUAAAUUAUCAGUAUCCAUUUAAAAUGAAUUCUCUUGGAGACACGGCACCCUGUUUACACUAUAAUGUAAUAUUCAAAAAAAAAAUUACUCUGAUUAUUUUUAAAGUCAUUCUUCACUGGAUUCACAUUGGCAUCCUAUUAAUAGUUCACAUUGGCGUCCUGCGCCUCGGAAUAGUUUAGAUAGAUGGCGCAUAAUAAAUGCUGUGUUUAUUAUUAUCAGUUGUUAUAAAGAAAUUGUUUUUAAUGUUUUUAAACAUUGUCAAAGAAAAACAAUAUUCAUGAAGAUCACAAUAACAGAGUUUAGAAUGCUUUUGUAUUCUUUUUAUUCUCAUUCUUUCAUGUUCCCAUAGUGCUAUCAAGAAAACUAACAAUAAGAAUUACCAUUCACUCAUUAAUGAGGUAUUUAAAACAUAGUAUCUACUAAAAAAACUCUAGGGAGCAAUUCUAAUUCACUUUACAUCUAUUAUGUAAACCAGGUACAGAUCUAUCUCUUGGAAUUGAUGCUUUGUUUAUAUUCACUCAUAAUCAUAAAAUUAGUAUGUUUCAAACUACACAAAACUGUGUUAGACAUGCUUGAUCAAAACACAAAUAAUGUAAUACAAAUGUAAAUUUUUGUCAGAAAAAUUCAUUCUUUGCAGUGCUUGAACUGAUGGUGGUAAUUUCUUCACAAUAUUUGAUGAAGGGAGUUUUUUUUAAGUUGCCGUAAGAAGGCUGCUCUAACAAAGAAUAACAGUUAAUAACACAUCAAAAUGAUUUCUUAGUCUUUGUUUAAUUGAAUGUUCAUGCAAAUGGUACUUUUAUAUGCACAUAUCAUUAUUUUUUGUAUAUUUAUCAAAUUUAAACGGAAAUGAUUGUCAACAGACAAUAAAAUCAACCACUCUCCCUUUUUUGUCUGAGUCAAGUUCUUGUACAAACUAUUUUACAAGAUCAUGUGAUGUUUUGGCUUUCCAAAGUGAGUAAUAUGUAAUAUAUA